AUGGGCUCUGUGUCAAACCAGCAGUUUGCAGGUGGCUGCGCCAAGGCGCCGGAGGAGGCGCCGGAGGACGCCGCCCGGGCGGCAGAGGAGCCGCAGCUGCUGCACGGUGCCGGCAUCUGUAAGUGGUUCAACGUGCGCAUGGGGUUCGGCUUCCUGUCCAUGACCGCCCGCGCCGGGGUCGCGCUUGACCCCCCGGUGGAUGUCUUUGUGCACCAGAGCAAGCUGCACAUGGAGGGCUUCCGGAGCCUGAAGGAGGGUGAGGCGGUGGAGUUCACCUUUAAGAAGUCUGCUAAAGGCUUAGAAUCUAUCCGGGUCACUGGACCUGGUGGAGUAUUUUGUAUUGGAAGUGAGAGGCGGCCCAAAGGGAAGAACAUGCAGAAGCGCAGAUCAAAGGGAGACAGGUGCUACAACUGUGGAGGUCUAGACCACCAUGCCAAGGAAUGCAAGCUGCCACCCCAGCCCAAGAAGUGCCAUUUCUGCCAGAGCAUCAGCCAUAUGGUAGCCUCGUGUCCACUGAAGGCCCAGCAGGCCCCCAGCUCACAGGGAAAGCCAGCCUACUUUCGGGAGGAAGAAGAAGAAGAGAUCCAUAGCCCUGCCCUACUCCCAGAGGCCCAGAAUUGAGCUACAGUGGGUGGGGGUAAUUCUUUUUGUGAUCAGGAAGUUUGGAGGAGCAGGCAUCAAUCGGCAGAGUGGAGAAAGUGGGGACAAGGUGGGUAGGGGGCAGCUGGCUCUGCCAUAUAUCUCAGGCCAGGGUCCCACAGCAUCACCCCCUCUUCCCUCUUGGCAGGGUAGGGGGGAAGGGGUGAGGCAAAUGAAUUACAACCGUGCUCUAUCCAAAUGCUUGUGGAGAGUUCUGAAGAAAAUCCCUCCCCGUGUGCUUUACCUGAGUCUCCACCCUCAGAUCUCCAGCUUUUGAAAGUAGCGUGGAUAGGGAAGUUGUUUUCCUUUCAAAGAAGGACAUGUAAUAAUAAUUUUUCCCAUGCCAGAGUGUAGAGAUGAAGCAUGAGACCAGAUUGAUGGGCCCAACCCAUGACCACUAUAUUCUAUGGGGAGGGAAUCUCUAAGGGGUAAGGCAGGGGUUUUCUACAUCUUGUCCCAUAACCCACUCUUGGGAUAGGGUGCUGAGGACUAUCCCAAGCAAUGGGUUGUGACAGUAGCCACAGGGAUUGUUGUGUUGGAGCUACAGACCUCCUGCUCCUAAGCUUAAUCCCACCCAUUCUGGGCUGAUAGGAUUUUAUUUAUUUGCUCCCUUGGACAACCGCACCUUGGGCCCCACUUUCUCCAGGAUGCCAACUGCACUAGCUGUGUGCGAAUGACGUAUCUUGUGCAUUUUAACUUUUUUUUUCGUAAUAUAAAUAUUCUGGUUUUUGUAUUUUUGUGUAUUUUAAUCUUAAGGCCCUCAUUCCUGCACUGUGUUCUCAGGUACAUGAGCAAUCUCAGGGAUAAGUCAGCAGCAGCUCCAGGUCUGCACAGCAGGAAUACUUUUUUGUUUUAUCACCAGGGAGAACAACUAUUUGGAGUGCAUAGCCUAUUGAACUACCUCAUUUUUGCCAAUUAGAGCUGGCUUUUCUGCCAUAGUGUUCUCUUGAAACCCCUCUACCUUCAGUGUUCCAUGGGAGAUGAGAUUUUAACUCAGUUGCUCCAUGACUUGAUCUCCUUCUAGUGGAAGAUUGGAAAUUGGUCUAAACAGGAAAAGCUGGUAUAGGAAGUAACGUUAGGAGAGGCUGCACCAACUAAAAGGUGCGGAGGGGAAGCCAGGAUUAGUUGAGGGUUGUCUAUACGUGUAAUAAAGGAUUCCUGUUCCAGACUUCUAAUCCCAGGGCACGGGACUCACUUUACAUACCGGAUCCAUCCUUUGCUGGAUUGGGCUAGGCCUACCAUGCACAACAGGGUGUGUGUGUGUGUGCGUGCGUGCGCGUGUUUUAAAGAUGAGUUGGUAAGGAUAGGUUUAAGAAUAGUAACUCUGGAACCCAUCUUGAGCUGCCCAGGGAUGCGGUGUAUGAAGCAAAGGCUAACUUUCUUAACCUUUAUAAAUUCUGGGCUUUUCUUGUUGACUUCCAGAGAGACCAUAAGCCAUGGCUUCUUUGCAGUGUCCAGAGCCAGUGUCCUGCCCUGCUGCAGCAGUGAUUAGUGUCGUGGUAGUUAAAGGAUAAAAGAAGGUUUUACUUAAUAUGCUGUGAGAUCACCACAAACCUACCUCACUGUGUUGAAAUGGGGCAGAUGCAAUAGAACACAUUGGGUGAUGUGUGUCUGAUCCUGGGUUCUUGUCUCCCCUGCUUGCUGCCCCCUCUAGUGAUUGUAUUUGUCUGGGUUUUGUAGGUUUUCAUGAAUAGCUGAUUGGGUGAUUGCUAGGUGGCCUGGUUUGUGUAAAUAUAAUGUGUUGGUCUUCUCCAUGUUCUUUCGGGGUUUUAUUGUUUACAAACUUCUUUUUUGUAUUGAGAAAAAUAGCCAAAGCAUCUUUGACAAAAGGUUCUGCACCAGGAAAAGAAACUGGAACAUAGCUUGGUGACCCCUCUUGAAGUGUGGCGGCCUUGGACUAUCCUUUUGUGUUCUCUCCCCGUAUUUCCUUUUUUGGGCCAGACCUUCUGUCCUGAAAACUUAACUCCUACCCUACCCUUCUCCUAUCCCUCCUUCCAAGAAAAAGCCCCACACCUACACAUUUCACGUUCUAAAGAAGCGAAGAACACUUCCUCCCUUGUUCCCAAUCUCCUGUGUCAAGACCAUUCCUUGAUGUGAUUCAUACUAAUACACUUGUAUUUGGAUGGAACAAACCUACUUUAAUCUCUCCAGGCUGAGGGUAGAGGGAAGCAGAAGCAACGAGGGGGGCCUUGAAUGUAGAAAGUAGGGUCAGGAGACCAAGAAAGGAAGAUGAAUGUAUAUCAAGUCACUCAGGAACUUUUAUGCAGGUGCAAGAAACUUCUGUCAAAGUGGCCACAAGAUUGUUUAAUAGGAGACGGACGAAUGUAACUCCCAUGUUUACUGCUAGAAACCAAAGCUUUGUGAAAUCUUGAAUUUAUUGGGGCGGGGAGGGGGGUGGUGGUAGGAAAGCUGUACCUAUCUGUUCUUAACCUGAUCCCUUCCCCUCAUUUCUGAACUGCAGGAGACUGAGCCCUCUUGGGCUUUAGUGACUCCAUCUCUGGGGAGUGUUUAUUUGAUGGUUGAUGUUGCUGUGCCGGGUACUUCCUUUCCCACUUGCUAUUGUCUUGUAACACACAUGCGGACCCUUUUCCCUUCUCUCUUUACCUUGGGA